UUUUCAGUAUUGCCAACGUGAAGAAAAAUGUAAAAUACUGUGGUUUGAACUCAUGUACACAACUUCAUAAUAUAACCUUAACAUAAGGAUGGUCAAUACGUUUUAAACUAUUUAUACUGUUAUAUUCUAUUAAUUGUUUAAUAUAGCUGGUCAUGUCUUUACUCCGCAAAAGCCAGCAUUGGGGAACCUUUGCACGUAUUUGGCAUAUUUAUGAUGCCAAAUGGCAAGAUCCAUUUAUAAGUGCAAAAGUAAUUACAAGGUAUCUUAAAGGAUUAUAUAAACCUAUAUAUCAUCCCUUAAAUGAAUGCGGUGAUCAUGUAAUAGUAAUAAAUAGCAAAGACAUUGCUUUGCGUGGAGAUGAAUGGCAGAAACGUGUAUACUUUCACCAUACAGGAUAUCAUGGCGGUGACACAUGGACACUUGCAUGGGAAUUACAUUCUAAAGAUCCAACAAUGAUUAUGAAGAAAGCAGUUUAUAGUUCAAUGCGUGGAAACUUACAAAGAAGAUAUGUUAUGGAAAGAUUACAUGUUUUUGAAGAUUCAAAUGUUCCUGAAGAUAUGUUACAAAAUGUCAGCAAUCAAAUCAAGGGAGUAAGGCCUGUUCCAGUUAGAUUAGAUCAUAUACCAAAUGAAGAGAAAGAAAAUUUCCCACGACUUAUAAAGCUUCCAAUGGAUUAUCAGUUAAACACAUAAAUGUACACAGUUCAAACAUCUUUUUACUUGAUUGCAUUCAUGUAUUUUAAUGCCCAAAUGAAAAAUAAAUUGUGAAUUAUUA